GCUCUUAGUUCUCUUUCCCAUCUUGCAAGAUGGCGGGUGAAAAAGCUGAGAAGCCAGAUACUAAAGAGAAGAAACCUGAAGCCAAGAAGGCUGAUGCUGGUGGCAAAGUGAAAAAGGCUAACCUCAAAACUAAAAAGGUUAAGAAGGGGAAGCCCCACUGCAGCCGAAAUCCCGUUCUCGUCAGAGGAAUCGGCAGAUAUUCUCGAUCUGCCAUGUACUCUAGGAAGGCCAUGUACAAGAGGAAAUACUCUGUGGCUAAAUCCAAGGUUGAAAAGAAAAAGAAGGAGAAGGUCCUCGCCACUGUUACAAAACCAGUUGGUGGUGACAAGAAUGGUGGCACUCGGGUGGUUAAACUUCGCAAAAUGCCUAGAUAUUAUCCAACCGAAGAUGUGCCUCGAAAGCUGUUGAGCCACGGCAAAAAACCCUUUAGCCAACACGUGAGAAGACUGCGAGCCAGCAUCACUCCCGGAACCAUCCUCAUCAUCCUCACUGGACGCCACAGAGGCAAGAGGGUGGUUUUCCUGAAGCAACUGGGCAGUGGCUUGUUACUUGUGACUGGUAAGAAAAUUCUUGGAUUAUGUUCUCUGAAACUUCCAUUUGUGAAUGCUUGCAGUGUACAUAUAUGCCACCACCUGCAAGGACAUUUCUUAAUGCCAUGA